AUGGCCAAUACUUCGCCGACGACUCCUCUUGCUGAGAUAUCCAGAGAACCAAAGUUGUGUGACCGGAAAAUGGAUGACGCCUCCUACUACAGUUACAUCAACCCCUCCAGCCUCGAGAAGGAGGACCCUGCCAAGCCCAGUCCGCUUGCUCGCCUAGUGGAUAGUUGCGACCGAUUCGGCAAGGAGUUGGGAUUGGGCGAAUUCUCCAGCAUUCUCCGUGGGCUUGUUUGCGAGGGGGCGGCGAUGCCUGUGGCCGGACAAAAGCGUUCCUCUGACCCCGCCGCCUCAGCCGGUCGGCACCAGGCAUCCGCGAAGAUGCGCCGUCUGCAACUCCACCCCCACCCUCCCCACCUCCUCCUCCUUCCGCCACCACAAACCGAGCCAGUCAACCUGAGCAAGACCGUGGACACACAACUGGGUGGAGAGAGUGCUUUGCCGCCGUCCAACCACCGAUCGUCAUCGUCUUCGUUGUUGAUCACACAGCUCCUCCUUCUGGGUGAUCUGCUGCCCCACCUGCUGGCCUCUGGCCCCGACGUGGCACCCUCUCAUUCAUUCGCCUUGCCGCUAGUCCUAGCUCCUCCUUCUUUGCAGGCAAAAACUACAUUUUUGUCUUGA